AUGGAUGGUGAUGUCGACUUGGAUCACGUAGCUCAAAUGACUGAAGGCUUCAGUGGAGCUGACCUUCAAGCGCUUCUCUCAGCACAACUAAAAAGAUGCCCUCGACCGAAGCAAGUGAAGGAUGUUGCGCACCAAGAUGAGGUCGUUCGAGUUCUUACCAACACUUUGGAAACCACUAAUUGUCCGCACAUGCUAUUCUAUGGUCCUCCUGGUACGGGGAAAACGACCACAGAUCUCGCCAUUGCUCACCAGCUUUAUGGGCCCGAGUUAUACAGGUCUAGAGUACUGGAGCUGAAUGCUAGUGAUGAUUGUGGGAUAAACGUUGUUCGUACGAAAAUUAAGAAUUUUGCUGCUGUUGCUGUUGGCUCUGAACGUCAAGGUGGUUAUCCUUGCCCACCUUACAAGAUCAUAAUUCUUGAUGAGGCUGACUCGAUGACUGAAGAUGCCCAGGCAAGUGUGCUGGUUCUGCGUGUAUUAAUGCCUUGCGACGCACUAUGGAGGCAUACUCUAAAGUUACAAGAUUCUUCUUCAUUUGUAACUACAUUAGCAGAUAGAGAUUUGGGUGCUGCUCGCUUAUUCGGAUCCUCAAUUUCAUCUAAGGACUUAAUCAGCGUGUCUGGUGUCAUCCCCGAUGGUAUUAUGCAGGCUCUCUUUACAGCUUGCAAAAGUGGUGAUUUCGACAUAGCUGAUAAAGAAGUAAAAAAUGUGAUUGCUGAAGGUUAUCCAGCUUCUCAGAUGCUCAAUCAUUUGUUUGAUGUAGUUGUCGAAUCAGACGAUAUACCAGAUGACCAGAAAGCAAGAAUGUGCAAGAAAUUUGGAGAGGCAGAUAAGUGUCUUGUAGACGGAGCAGACGAGUAUUUGCAACUGUUGGAUGUGGCCAGCAAUAUCAUGCGUGCGUUAAAUAACAGGAGAAUUCCCUUUCGGAAGCUAGGCGCCUGCUCCUCCGUUGAGACGUCAACUUUUUGCCCAACUACAUACACCACAAUGUUUCACCCGUUGUCAAACUACGUCGUUUAGGACCACUGAUUGUUUAAGCAAUGUAGGCAUUCAGUUUAAUUCUCACUGGAAUUUUUUCUCAGAGUGAAAAAUGAAUUCUAUGUAAGCAAAAUUUGUGGUUAAUGUGCAAAGCGGGAACCUUGUCAA